AUGAAGAUGGUGGGAAUCAUGACACAAGCAGCUAGAAGACUUGCCGCCCACUUGGGUUACAAGAGUCCCGAGGACAUACUACACCCAAUGGAGGGUUUACUACAGCACUUCAGUGGACCUGCAAAGGAUGCCCGUACCUUAGUACUGGGUGGAGGGCCAUUCACUGAGAUGGUUCGCUUCCUGGGAGAGACGGACCACCAGCCGCUGGCCGUCGUCGCUAUGGCACGUACUCUGCAUGCCGAUGUAAACAUCUUCCCGAAUAACUACAAUGACUUGAUGGAUCUCGACGCUGCCAUGAAGAUCGAGGACAUUGUUAGAAAGAAGAACAUUCCCACCUGGUUCUUCCCGACGGAAUGCGCCAAAGCCAAGAUGCAUAGCGACAACGUCCUUCGUGCAUGCCCUUGGGACUUCAACACGGUGGAGUUGAUACAAAUAUUCGAUGCGGCCAAAGACCGUGAUUCCUACGAACAGGCAACUCGCUUUACCAGGGAAACGAACACAUUAAUCAAGAUGCACAUGUUCGAUGUGCUUACUGUCGUCCCAUUGGCUCAUCCUACCUCCUUGCCAUAUCGGAAGGCUGAGAGUUACUGGGACGAAGCCAACGGGCAGCGACUUAUCAGGGUCAGGGAAGUAGCACAUGGCCCCGUCCAUGUUUUCUAUCCGGACGCAGCGGUCAUGGAAUCAUCUAAGAGAAUAGCCAUGGACGAGAUUAGCUUCGUUCUGUCCUCGUUCAACAACCAGACGACUGCUCCAGCCUAG